AUGUCGCAGUACAGGAGGAACCUGAAACAACAUAAUCUUGAAAGACCAAGCUCAAGCAAAGAAAUCCAGGCAGUACUGGAAGUGCUUCUUCAUACAGGAAUUUAUCCUGAAGCUGUAAAUAGUAUUGUAUAUGACGGAUUCUUUCAAGAAAUUAUAGAUAUUUGGAGACAUAUGAAGAACAUGCUUAGCCACAAUUCAUGUUUCAGAAUAGCAGCACUUGAGAAACUAAAAGACCUUGAGUCUUUGGACCUCUCACAGAACAAACUUUCUGGGAAGAUUCCUCCUCAACUUGCGAGUCUAACUUUCCUGGAAGCACUAAACCUGUCUUACGACCAACUUGAAGGGAGCUUACCACAAAGCAACCAAUUCAAUACAUUUUCAAAUGAUUCUUACAAGGGGAAUCCAAGAUUAUGUGGGCUGCAUUUGUCGAGGAAAUGUGAUGAAGUUGGUGUUCCAAUGCCCCUUCCAAAGAAAGAUGUAGAUUCAUGGGUAGAUGGCAUAUCUGUUUGGAAAAUUGCAUUGAUCGGUUAUGGUAGUGGAUUGGUUAUUGGUUUAUGUAUGGGAUAUACGGUGUUGAAUGAGUUCGGAAACAUAUGA